GAUGCCAUGUAGGUGGCCAAGGGCCAGCGUUAACGAUCUUAGGCAUAUUCGCGCUGGACGAAAUGUGGGCGGAAGUCAAGGCGGGAAGGAGCUAGGGUUUUAGUCGUGGAGACCUAAUCCCCCGGCGCCAUGGAGCAGCGCGAGGUACUCAAGAAGUCGAGAGUCCUCAUGGUUGGAGCUGGCGGUAUUGGCUGCGAGCUCCUCAAGACUCUGGUGCUCACUGGCUUCCACAACAUAGACAUUAUCGACAUGGACACAAUCGAAGUUAGCAAUCUCAACCGACAGUUUCUUUUCCGCAAGCGUCACGUUGGACAAUCUAAAGCUAAAGUUGCUCGGGAAGCGGUUCUAAAAUUCCGGCCCGAUGCUAAUGUAACUAGCUAUCACGCCAACGUCAAGGACGAGCAAUUCAACGUGGAUUUUUAUCAGCAGUUCCAGGUUGUGCUGAACGGGCUCGAUAAUUUGGAUGCCCGGCGUCACGUGAAUCGGCUGUGCCUGGCAGCGGGAGUUCCUUUAAUUGAAAGUGGAACUACUGGCUACUUGGGACAGGUCACAGUGCAUGUUAAAGGAAAGACUGAAUGCUACGAGUGCCAACCAAAGCCUGCCCCGAAGACUUAUCCGAUUUGCACUAUAACGAGUACGCCCUCCAAGCCAGUGCACUGCAUUGUGUGGGCAAAAGAACUUGUUCUGGUCAAGCUUUUCGGUGACCGCAGCCAGGCAAGCGAUCUCAACCUGCAGGCAGCUGACAGUGAUCACGAGGAUUUUUUACAACUACGUGACGCUGAGACUAUCAGUGACUUCUGUGCCAGGGUUUUCGACCAAAUCUUUGGUCAUAAUAUUGAGGUGGCUUUAAAGAACGAGGAUCAAUGGAAAAACAGGAGGCGUCCCACUCCGUUGUUUCUUUCUGGCGUUCUACCCGAAGGGAUUGAGACUUGCAAAGCACACAGGUUCUCAGAUUCCAUCCUGUCGGUUAUGCCACUGCUGGGAUUCAAGAAUCCUCAAGAAGUCUUGAGCCUUCAGGAUAAUGCCAGGCUUUUCAUUUCUGCUAUGCGUGCAAUCCUGGAGACGAGAACGAAGGAGAUUGGAAGCCUGACUUUUGACAAGGACGAUCAGUUGGCAAUGGAGUUCGUUUCGUCAGCAGCUAAUCUGAGAGCGUACUCCUUUGGAAUCCCUGUUAUGAGUAUUUUUGACGCGAAAGGUAUUGCUGGAAACAUCAUACAUGCAAUAGCUACAACGAACGCUAUCAUUGCCGGGUUGAUUGUGAUUGAGGCUGUGAAGAUACUUAUGAAGGACCUCGACCACUGCAGGAUGACGUACUGCGUUGAGCACCCUUCAAGAAAAAGAUUGCUGAUGCCAGCCGACCCUUUUGAACCGAAUCCUAACUGCUAUGUUUGUUCGAAUACUCCUCUCAUCCUGGAAGUAAACACUGUACACACGAAACUUAAGGACGUGAUCGAUCGGAUACUGAGAACCAAGCUGGGCGUGAGCUCUCCGGUUAUCAUGCACGGCACGAGUCUUCUCUUCGAAACUGGAGACGACCUUGGAAAAGAAGAAAUUCAGCUCUACACCUCAAAUUCUGAGAAGGUUCUUGCGGAGCUCCCAACGCCGGUUACAAACGGCGGUGUCCUGUCCGUCGAGGAUCUGCAGCAGGAGUUCAAGUGCAGCAUACAUAUCAGACACAGGGACAACUUUGAUGAAGAAAAGGAACCAGAUGGAAUGGUGUUGAUUGGAUGGUCUUCCAGCGUGGCUGAGCAGGAGAAAGACAAAGAAAAGCCCAUUGCAGCUCCAGCUGCGUCGGCAGAAAUUAUUGACGACGAUGACAUUACGCUUAUCGAACCAGCAGCCAAGAAGAGGAAGCCGGAAGACGACAGCGUUCCACUGGGAAAAAAGCAAAAGGUUCUAGAGUAAAGCAGGCUGCUUAAUCUCUGUAAAGCUGACUACGCUACAGAAUUUUUUGUUUUACUUCCGAACUGGUCUAGCCGUACCACGUAGAACAUUUGCUCGAAUUUUGGAGCUGAUUAUAGCGCGAGUAAUGCUGAAAAAAUUCCAAACGCAAACACCGCCGUUCCUCCCACCAGGCAAGCCCUUAAAAAUUGUUCUUGACGUCGGUGGCGUCCUCGCAGUCGAAGCACAGAGCGCAGGAUCUCCUCGCCGUCGAGGUAGAACACCUGUUUUAAAAGUGAAACGUUUUAAA